CAGGAGGGAAUCAGGGAGAAAUCAAAUUUAACGGAUUUUCUUUUCUCUCAGCUGCUCUCAGCUCUCAGCUGCUUUCAGCAGUCUCAGUUGUACACUGUGCACAAGUGUGUGGUAUAUACGUGAAUAAAAUGAUUCCAUCGAAACCUAGAAGAAGUGAAUCUAGACGGUCAUCGAUUCUUAAACCAUGUAAACCACGGCAACCAUUACAAAAUGUAAAUUUUGAUUCUUCGUCCAAUGAAAACAGUCCAACUUCAUCAAAAAACAAGAGACGUGUUAGUUUUGCGGAGAAAAAACAUGUCAAAGAAUUUUGUCAUUCUACUGAACAAGGUACUGUAUGGGAUAGUACAUAUGAAGAACAGGAUUCUACUUUAAAAGGAUCUUUUGUAAUUGAUCAGAAUGUUGAAGGUACCUAUUUAGUUCAUAAUCAACUACCGCAAGGAUCUAUCACAAUAGCCAAUGAAGAAAAUAAUGAUACAAACUGUAAUUUAGGUUUUACUACAGUACUAAAUAAAUCUUGUAUAUCUAAUGAUUUGGUAUCAAGUAAUUUGGAUACAAAAUAUAUGCAGUUGUCUGAUGAAGAAUCUCAAUUUGGACAAAUUAUAGUAACAGAUACAUCUAAAAAUAUAAAAUCAAACAACAUUACGAUAUAUAGAGAUUCUGAUGAAGAAGACUGUGAAGAUAAUGUUGCCAAGAAAUAUCCUUCCGAGUUCUAUUCUAAUAAUGUUGACUCUGAAUUAGACAAAACACGUAUUCAAGAUUUCUCUAUGGAGCUAACAGCACCAAUAUCUACAUUUUUAGUAUCUUCAGAUUUACAAGAAGAUGCUGAUAUAUGUCAUACAAAUAAUACAAUUUUCGAUACUUCAAUGGAAAUGACUAUGGCAUCAUCUAAAAUGAAUGAAAAGGUCAAUAAUGAAAUUACAGUCAAAGAAAGAGCUCUGAUAAAGGAUCAAACUGAUAAAACUGAGAUUUUUAAUGAUGUACUGAUGGAAAUGACAAAACCUCUAGGUACCACAUUGUUUUCAAAUGUUUGCAAUAAGGAGAAUAUUAAUGUGGAUGAACCAAUAUAUUUAGAUGAUAGAACUAUGUUUUUCCAUAAUGUAUCUAUGGAAAUGACCAAGGCAGUGUCGACAAGAAACGAACAAGAAAUUACUGAUAGAAUUAUUUGCAAAUCAUCUGAAGAAAAUACAGGUAGUAAAAAGGAUAUAAAUAAAUCGGACUGUUUUAAUGAAAAAACACUAACAUUAUGCAAGUCUAUGGAAUUUACUGAAAUUCUACCAGUUCCCUCAUACCAAGAGAAAAUGUUUCAUGCUGCACACAUUGCUCACUCAAACAAAAAUACAUGUGAAAUAGAAAAAAACGAUCAAACUAAAUUUUUCGAUGAUGCAUCAAUGGAAAUAACAAAGUCAUUAAGUGUAGCACCUUUAAACAUUGACAAAGCGAAUUUAAAAAUUGAUGAAUUAAUAUCAAAAAAUGAUAAAACUAUACUCUUCCCUGAUGUGUCCAUAGAAAUGACUACAGCGAUAUCAAGAAAAGAAAUUACUCAACCAAUUUGUAAAUCAAUAUCUAAAGAGAAUACACAUGAAGAAAAAAAUAGGAAUGAUUCAAUUUGCUUUAAUGAAAGAACCAAAUUGUUAUGUAAAUCUAUGGAAUUUACCGAAGUCGUCCCAAUCUCUUUGCACGAGAUAAUAUUUAGUACUACUGAUACUACUCAUACUACACAGUCCGUAUCAUUUUCUCAAACGUUGUCAAAAACAAUCUCAAUACCAACUGAAAAUUUCGCGAGAGUAUCAUGUCAAACUGAUGUAGUUGCAAAUAAAACCAUUCAAGAUAUAUCAAUGGAAAUAACUACUGCAGUACCAUCAACAUUAUAUCUUACACAAGAUGUGAAAGUAAAUGAAACAGAGAAUUUAAUCAUUUCUAAAAAUGAUGAGUUCCAACAUUUAAUGACAAAUAAUAAUCUAACAGAAUUAAGGAGAGAUGUAACAAAAGAAAAUUUUACAAUUCCAAGGGAAAUUAUAGAAGCAGAAAAUAUUAGACACGAUGAAUUGUCUAACAUUUCCAUUACUCAAUCUCCACUGAAUAAUUCAUUAAGUACAAACUCAAAAAAUGCCAGCGGUAAAAAAAGAAUGUCUGAUGACAAUGAAAAAUCAUAUUCAAAACGAGUUCGCAAUUCUUUUAUGGAAAUUCAGUCUUCUCAAGUAUCUUUAAGUGAUGUACAUUCAUUUUCUAGUACUGGCGCUAACUAUGUAAAUGAUUUAAAUGAUAUUGAACAAAAACAUAAUGAUUCUGUAAAGGAAACAAUAGAUCAUACACAGAUAUCUGAUUCAAAUCUUAGGAAUAGUCUAGACGAGAUUAGUAAAUAUAGUUUUUCAAGAAAAAGUUUAACACAUCUGAAAGAUAGUUUCGAAGAAUUACAAUCAAUUAAACCACCAUCGUUCGUACAUUUAGACAGCGAGGAAGAAAGCUCUUUCUACGAAAUUCAACAUGAAUUUCAGUCAUCGACCAUCACUGAUAUACCAAUAAAUAAUACUUCUAACCAAUUAAUAGUAAAUAAUGUGACAGAAUACAACUGUCCAACAAAUUCGAAAGAAAACGAUUAUUUCACAAUUUUAAGAGAAAAAGAGGAAUCAAGAAAUACUGAGAACAAUCAAACAGAAGAUCGCCACGAAAAUACUAUAAUGAAUAAAGCUGAAGAUAAUCAGGAAAUUGAUUGCCAAGUGAUAAUAAAGACAAUUAUCAAUGACAAUCAACUUAAUAAAUCAAAUUAUCAUACGACAAAGAAUAUUAAUGAGAAAACCGUACUAUCAAUGAAUGCUAAGGAUGAGAAAAUUGUAAUAGAAACAAAAAAACGUAGUGAUCAUCUCGAAGGCACAAGAGUAAUAAAUGAAGAGCAAAUAAAUCCUGAAAAACAUAAAAUAAAUUUAAAUGAUGAAGUGAAACAACAAAAUAUGAGACAGAAAGACAAAUGUGGAACAGAAGGACUCGUAACAACAUAUAAUGUUAGCCCGACUAACGAAGACGUUAAAAACGAAGAUCCAUUUGUAAUAUUAUUGCAAAAAUUAGAAACGCAUGCCGCAGGUGAUUCACACGAUAUAUCGUCGACGUUGUCAUUCUCGUUCUUUUCGUUGUCGUCAAUGGUGACGAUACCUGCUCCAGCUCCGGUGGAGUCAGUACGGAAAGCGCGACUAUGGCAAGUGGGCGUAAGAGCCGGGAGAGAGAACGUCGUCCUGUGUUCCAUACAUGGCUAUGCUAUGUGGAAACCAAGAGACACAGAGACGGACGGACCGACAUGGACCGGGGGAGUCCCCACCGUGUGGACGAAGCGAUUCCUUGGCAAGGCUUGUGAUGUACAACAAUUAUGCGGCGAUAUCGCGAGGGAUAAGGUACUGAGGAGUCGAAAUACUGCUAAACGUGACAACUUAGUAGAACAUAAGCAGGAAGAAACUCGCAGACUCUUGAAGAAGGGAUAUGGUGACAGAAAACGUCUAAGGAUCCUUGAAGAUUAUUCUUCAUUAAUAUAG